AAUUCACUUCAACCAAUGGCUUCUUUCCAAAACUUCAACUUUGAAACUCAAAUUCCAUCAGAGGUUCUGAUAGCUCAGUUCAUGCAACUUCAUGCAAGCAUCUCUAAGCUAGAAUCUCUUAGGCCUUCUAAGCAAGUCAAUAGCCUUUUCACUCACUUAGUGAAACUCUGCACCCUCCCUUCAUCCAUUGACAUUGAGGCCUUGCCCCAAGAGGUCAAGAACAUACGUGAGAGUCUCAUUAGCCUAUGUGGUCGUGCUGAAGGGCUUUUAGAGCUUGAAUUCUCCACUUUCAUAAGCCACACACCCAAGCCAUUGAACAAUCUAACUCUCUUCCCUUACUAUGGCAACUAUGUCAAACUAGCAAACUUGGAGAACAAAAUCUUGAAAGAAAAUGGAGUGGUGAAUGCAAAGAAGGUAGCAUUUGUGGGGUCUGGUCCAAUGCCACUCACUUCAAUUAUAAUGGCCAUUCAUCACAUGGAAUCUACCCAUUUUGAUAACUUUGAUAUUGAUGAGAAGGCAAAUGAGGCUGCUCGCAAGAUUGUUGCUUCAGAUGCAGCACUUGAGAAGAGAAUGAAGUUUGAGACAUAUGACAUUAUGGAACUGAGAGAGAGGUUGGGGCAAUAUGAUUGCAUAUUUUUGGCAGCACUUGUGGGUAUGAGCAGAGAAGAAAAAGUAAAGAUUAUGGGACACAUAAGAAAGUACAUGAAGGAGGGUGGUGUUUUGCUUGUGAGAAGUGCUAAAGGUGCUAGAGCUUUCUUGUACCCUAUUGUUGAGGAGCAUGACUUGCUGGAUUUUGAGGUGCUUACCAUCUUUCAUCCAACAAAUGAUGUGAUCAACUCAGUUGUGCUUCUUCGCAAGCCUAAUGUUUAG